UAAGGACUAGAUUUUUGUCCGUGCCAUAACAACUGGAUUCAAUCUGUCCCGUUUCGUCAUCCCCUGUCGGAAAAUCCACACGGAACGCGUCUCUCUCUCUCUCUCCAUCUGUCUUCCGGUAAUCGGAAUCCGAGACACCGCCGACGCGGAGAGUCUGAGACGAGAGAGAGGAGAGACGCCAUCAUUGGUUUCACUGACGCCAUUAAUACCCAGACCCAAAGAGAGAGAAGCUCGAGAGCAGCUCCAUCCAUGUCCAUUGAGAUGAGAAGAGAAAGACGACAACUUUGGGUUUGCUAAAUCGGGCAGUGCCGCUGUCAACUGAGCAGAGCUCAGAUCGAUCGGACCGUUACGAUUGAAUUCCAGGGACGAACUCCCCUGCUCGGACUAUUAAGCUAAAAAUGGGGAACGGCAACCUCGUGGACGGCGUUCGCCGCUGGUUCCACCGCCUCUCGUCUUCUUCUUCCUCUUCUUCAUCUUCUUCCACUAAAGUCAAUAAUAGCAAUCGCCAUGGCAGCCCCACCGCGCAUCACGCCCGAUCGUCGAUUCCCAUCACUGCCACCUGUGAGGGCGGUGGAGGGGAUGGGAAAGACGAGCUCGCGGUUAUCGUGGAGGACCUCCCUAUCUUGGCCCUGCCCCUCAUCAAAGUCCCCAGACGCAGUUACUUCACCGUUGGACCCAUGGCUCUUGAUUCUCAAAAGAAGGGGACUCUUGAAACAGAGUUCUUUACGGAGUAUGGCGAGGCGAACCGUUACCAAGUUCAAGAAGUCGUCGGGAAAGGAAGUUAUGGUGUGGUUGGCUCCGCGGUCGAUACCCAUACCGGAGAAAGAGUUGCGAUCAAGAAAAUUAAUGAUGUCUUCGAACAUGUUUCCGAUGCCACUCGUAUCCUGAGAGAGAUUAAGCUCCUCCGGUUGCUCCGACAUCCUGAUAUCGUGGAGAUUAAGCAUAUCAUGCUACCGCCAUCGCGGCGAGAAUUCAGAGACAUCUAUGUCGUCUUUGAGCUCAUGGAAUCUGAUCUUCACCAAGUAAUAAAGGCAAAUGAUGAUCUUAGUCCUCAGCAUUACCAGUUCUUCUUGUAUCAGCUUCUCCGUGGUCUCAAAUAUAUUCAUUCAGCAAAUGUGUUCCAUCGAGAUCUUAAACCGAAAAAUAUUCUUGCGAAUGCUGAUUGUAGAUUGAAGAUAUGUGAUUUCGGGCUUGCUCGCGUGGCAUUUAACGAUGCCCCAUCAACUAUAUUCUGGACUGACUAUGUUGCUACUCGAUGGUACCGGGCUCCUGAAUUAUGUGGUUCUUUCUUCUCCAAAUACACCCCUGCGAUUGAUAUAUGGAGCGUAGGAUGUAUCUUUGCAGAAAUGCUCACAGGAAAGCCUUUGUUUCCUGGAAGAAAUGUGGUCCACCAAUUAGAUCUCAUGACUGAUUUUCUUGGGACUCCUCCCGUGGAAACCAUCUCCAAGAUUCGGAAUGAGAAAGCAAGGAGAUAUCUUAAUAGCAUGAAGAAGAAGAACCCAGUUCCUUUCGCGCAGAAGUUCCCAAAGGCGGAUCCAUUGGCUCUUCACCUGUUGGAACGCCUGCUUGCUUUCGAUCCUAAAGAUCGUCCAACUGCCGAGGAGGCACUAGCUGAUCCUUAUUUUCAUGCUUUGGCGAACAUCGAUAAGGAACCUACCACUCAAGCCAUCUCCAAACUCGAGUUCGAUUUCGAGAGGAGGAAACUCACAAAAGACGAUGUCCGAGAGUUGAUCUACCGUGAGAUACUAGAGUAUCAUCCUCAGAUGCUUGAGGAGUACCUAAGUGGGGCUGGACAGACAAGCUUCAUGUACCCGAGUGGUGUUGAUCGGUUCAAGCGACAGUUUGCACAUCUCGAGGAAAACUUUGUUAAAGGCGGAAGAAGCACUCCUCUCCAACGACAACAUGCUUCUUUGCCUCGGGAGAGGGUUUGCGCACCGAAGGAGGAGACUGGCAAGCAAAAUGAUGAAGCUGAUGGGCGAAGUGCCGCGGCUGUUGCUACAACCCUUCACAGCCCUCUGACAACACAACAGCCUAAUGGGUUAGAUAACACAAAGGGUAAUGCACACGAUGGGCAAAGUCAGACCAGUGCCAGCGGUCGUACCUUCUUAAAGAGUGCUAGCAUUAGUGGUUCCAAGUGCGUAGGCGACCAGGAAACGGAAACGAAGCAUGCGGUGGAACCAAUUCCUGAGGUCAGCGAUGCAGCUGUAGAUGAUCUUUCUCGAAAAGUUGAAGUCAUCCGUGUUUGAUCUCAACUUCUGAUCUCUCUAUAAAAUGUAAGGAUAUAGUUUUCUCUCUUCGUCGGGUAUCAUUGCUGCCCGUUUCAUAGAGAAAUGUACUUCAUAACGAUCUGUAACUGAUAACGGAUCUUAGCCCUUUAGGACAUUUCAUGUAUCAUAGUCAUCCUUUUAACCUUAGCUCUGCGAGCAAACAAUCUUCCCAUGCUCAGGUGGACAAGCGUAAUCGUGUUUCGGUUUAUUGACAAAAAUGAUUUUGUUCAGAAGAAUGAGGUCUCUCUAUUUACUAUUGUGUUUCA